UCUCUCUUUCUGGCAGAGAUUCUAUUAUCAAUUUUAUCAUCAUCUUCCCCAAUUCUUUUUGUCAUUUAAAAUUAUUAUUAUUAAAAAAAAAAGCCCCUCAAAUGCACGAACUUCACUGACGUCAAAACAAAUAUACUAUAUUACCUUCGUAACGCCUCUUAUUCUUGUAACCAAACACACCCCUUUUCCCUUCAAUCCUUUGGUUUCUUUGUUUUUUUUUUCUAUGAUAUAUACUUAAACCACAAAAACCUAAACAACAAGUAGUAAUUUUGUUUGCUGGUUUUUUUGGGUUUUUUUUGGGAUCCUUUAUAUACCCUUCUUUUCGGGUUUUUGUUUUCUUUUUUAAUUUUGCAAUUGCUAUUUCGUCUCUGUUGUUCGCUUUUUUUUUUCUGGGUUUUCAUUUUGAUUUUGCAGAUACUUGCUUCAAUUUUCAGGAUUUGUUGCUGUUUCUAAUUAGGGUUUUUGAUUAUAUCACCGGCCUUAUUGUUUUUCCCCAUUUCGUUGCCUUUUAGGGUUUCGUUUUCUCCCACUUUCUUUCCUUUUUUUUUAAUUUCUAGGGUUUUUGUAGAUUUUGUUAAUCGACAAGGAAAGAAAAAAAAAGAAGGGAAAAAAAAACUUGAAGCAUCUUUUUUUUUUUGGUUUGUCAUUUUAGCUUUGAAAUUUAUUGGAAUAUCUCCUUCGUUUUGGCGGUAUUUACUGCAUUUGCCAUUUUGUUUAGUUCAGAAACUUUAAAUAUAAUCUAGGUUUUUGUUGCUUGAUAUUAAUUAAAAGAGGAAAAAAACUGUUACUGAUUUCAAAGUUUUUUCUUUUUUGUUUUUUUUUUGGGUUUAAAAAAAAAAUCAUAGAUUCACCUGGAAACUGCAUAUUGAGUGGGGGGGUUUUGAUUUUUGAAGUUAUUUUCAUUGUUUUUUUGUUUGUUUGUUGUAUUGUGGCAAUUGGGAGUGGGUUUAGAAGGUUGUUUUAAGGGAGGAAAAAAGUGGUUUAGGAUUGUAUGGGAGAGCAUGAAGGGUGGGUGGUGCAGCAGCCACCGAGUGGGCUAUUGCCGAACGGGUUGUUACCCAACGAAGCUGCCUCGGUGAUUCGGGUACUCGAUUCGGAACGAUGGAUGAAGGCCGAGGAAAGAACGGCUGAACUCAUUGCCUGCAUUCAACCAAAUGCGCCCUCAGAAGGCCGCCGUAUCGCGGUUGCUGAUUAUGUACAGCGCCUCAUUUCUAAAUGCUUCCCUUGUCAGGUGUUUACUUUUGGGUCUGUGCCCCUCAAGACAUAUUUGCCUGAUGGGGAUAUUGACUUGACGGCCUUCAGUAAGAAUCAAAGUUUGAAGGAUACUUGGGCUCAUCAGGUUCGGGAUAUGCUGGAAAAUGAAGAAAAAAACGAGAAUGCUGAAUUCCGAGUAAAAGAAGUUCAGUACAUUCAGGCCGAGGUGAAGAUAAUUAAGUGUCUUGUAGAAAAUAUUGUGGUAGACAUUUCAUUUAAUCAGCUUGGUGGCUUAUGUACCCUUUGUUUCCUUGAAGAGGUUGAUCGUUUGAUAGAUAAGAACCAUUUGUUCAAACGGAGCAUCAUAUUGAUAAAGGCCUGGUGUUAUUAUGAGAGCCGCAUAUUGGGUGCUCAUCAUGGACUUAUCUCAACUUAUGCCCUGGAAACCUUGGUUCUUUACAUAUUCCAUGUUUUCAAUAAGUCCUUUUCUGGACCACUUGAGGUUCUGUAUCGUUUUCUUGAGUUUUUUAGCAAGUUUGAUUGGGAAAACUUUUGUGUUAGCCUCUGGGGUCCUGUUCCAAUUAGUUCUCUACCAGACAUAACAGCUGAGCCUCCUCGAAAAGAUGGUGGAGAGUUGUUGCUUAGCAAAUAUUUCCUGGACACUUGUAGUUCCAGAUAUGCUGUUUGCCAAGAAAAUCAGGGCCAACCCUUCGUUUCUAAACAUUUCAAUGUGAUUGAUCCUUUGCGUAUAAAUAACAACCUUGGGCGUAGUGUUAGUAAAGGUAACUUCUUUAGGAUACGCAGUGCCUUUGCAUUUGGAGCUAAUAAGUUGGCCAGGUUACUUGAUUGUCCCAAAGAAGACCUCCAUCAUGAAGUAAAUCAAUUCUUCAUGAAUACAUGGGAAAGGCAUGGCAGUGGCCAACGCCCUGAUGCACCUGGGAACGAUCUGUAUCGCUUGAGGUUGUCAAAUUCGGACAAUGCUCAUGGAUCUAAUAAUGUCAGGAACACUUCAAACAGCAGAGGAAAUGAUAUUUCCUCUGGUUGUGACACUCAAGCUGAAGGAGUUGGUGUUUCCUCUCAGCAUUUAAUUCAUCCUUCAGAAAGCACAAGUAAGACUAGUGAUGUAUCCACUGUUUCUCGUACUCAGAGCCAAAAGAGUUAUGGUAGCACAAGCAACUCAAAGACCUCUGAUAAGGUUAGGCGGGAUUCUAAUUCCAAUAAGAAUGUGUGUAAUGAUACAGGUCAGAGUUCUAAUGCUAAAGAAAACUUGGUGACUGAUGUUCAAGGAAGAUAUCUUUUUGCAAGGACGCGUUCUAGUCCUGAGCUUACCGAAACAUAUGGGGAAGUUACUUCUCAGGGAAGGCGGAACAGAGUGCCAGAGGGUGGGAAAACCCAGAUUGCUUCCGUGAGGUCAGAUAAUAAUGGGAGGAAGAGUAUUGAAUCUGAUAUGACGGCCAGUCAUAACAUUAAAUCUUCACAUGAUGAUCCUUCAUCUGUUAGGCACGCCUCAGCACGCCAGAGUGUCAAUGCUGUUGCUAACCCAAACGGUCCUCUAAAUAGUUACCAAGAUGAUUUAGGCUUGGGUACUAUGGGUCAGGAUUUUUCAUCAAUUCCGGGUACACAAGUUAUGCCACAGGAAGAGCAAGAUCUAGUGAAUUUGAUGGCAUCUACAGCUCAUGGCUUUAAUGGUCAGAUUCCAGUUCCAUUAAAUUUAGCUGUAGGUCACUUGCCUUUUCAUAUUCAAUCUCUAUCAAUGGGAUAUAAUCAGAGAAAUUUGAGCGGAAUUCUUCCUACAAAUUUUCAAAUGUUUCCCCAAGGAUUGGUCUCUUCCCCUUUGGCUCAUUAUUUUUCUGGAGUUGGAUUAGCCUCAAACCCAGAGGAUCAAAUUGAGCCUUCUAGUGAAAAUUUUGGUUCUUCAGAAAUGAAUCAACCAGAAGUGGAACAUGAGUCGUGGCAUGAACAGGACAGGGGCUCUAGUGGUGGUUAUGACCUUGAUAAUGGAGGUUUUGAAAUGCUUCAUUUGAAUGAUAAGCAACUGUCAACUUCUGCUGGCUAUAAUUUUGUUCCUCAUUCUAGAGCAGGCAGCACUGGUAGUUCUACUAACGUCCAACAAAAGUCAUCUAAAGAAACUCGAGGAUCAACUAGGGAAGAUUAUGUCGAUGUGUCCCAGUAUCAAGAUAACAGAGGUAAUGAUGUAUACGUUGAUGAAAGAACUGCAAAUUCAAGAUCCUUGCAUGCUUUGCACACUAGUUCACUCAGAAGUAAAGCCUCAUUCGAAAGUUCUUGGGAAGGUUCAUCAGCAAAGGUCUCUAAACCCACUAGGGAGAAACAGGGUAGGAAAACAGCUGCUUCUGUACUUCCUUCUGCUGCUAGUGGGAAAGGUAAGAGUGUAUCUGAACAUUCCUCUCAGGCAGAUGAUGAAGGCAGAGAAUGGAAUCCACCAUCAAAUGUGGGCUCUGAAAUGGCAGAAAGAACUGCUGGACCUCAACUGCUUGGUUCUUUGUCUGUUCCAAGCCAUCAAAUGCCUGGAUUCGAGGCAUCUCAGACAAGUGGUUCAGAUCCGCUGAUGCCUAUUGCUCCAUUUCUCUUAGGUCCAGGUUCUGGGCAAAGAGCUAUGGAUAAUUCUGGAGUUCCUCCCCUGGCCUUCACAAUAACAGGACCACCGGUUCCAUUUUUGUUAUGCCCUGUUUACAACAUUCCGUCAGAAGCAGGAACUCCAGAUGCAUCAACGUGCCAUUUUAAUUGGGAUGAAAAUUUGGAGAACAAUGAUUCAGGUCAAAAUUUUGAGUCUGAGGGACCCGAUCAGUCUGAGGUAUCAAGUACUUCUAGUUCUACAAGAAAGGUUGCAUCUCUUGAUCCAUCUGAGCAUAAACCUGACAUUCUUAACGGUGACAUUGCUAGCCAUUGGCAAAAUCUGCAGUACGGACGGUUUUGUCAAAAUCCACGAUAUCCUCCUCUGAUUUAUCCUUCGCCUGUUGUGGUGCCACCUGUCUAUUUACAAGGUCAUUUCCCAUGGGAUGGUCCUGGUAGACCUCCAUCAAAUGUGAAUCUCUUUUCUCAGUUCAUGAAUUAUGGGCCUCGUGUUGUUCCUGUUUCUCCUCUCCAAUCUGUUCCAAAUAGACCUUCCAGUGUUUAUCAACGGUAUGUUGAUGAAAUGCCAAGAUAUCGCAGUGGUACUGGGACAUACCUGCCAAACCCUAAAGUUUCAAUGAGAGAACGCCAUUCUGUGAAUUCGAGGAGGGGAAAAUAUAAUUAUGAUAGAAAUGACCACCAUGGUGAUAGAGAAGGAAACUGGAAUGGCAAUUCAAAGUCCAGAACUGCUGGACGGAGCCAUAAUCGCAAUCAAAAUGAAAAAUCAAGGUUCACCUUUGACCAAUUGUCUGGCGUUGCUGGUGAGAGCAGAACUGAUAGGCCUUGGGGCUCACAUAGGCAUGAUUCAUUUACGUCAUACCAAUCUCGUAAUGGACCAGUCCGCUCAAACUCAUCACAAAGUAGUUCAGGCAGCAUGCCUUAUGGCAUGUACCCACUGCCAUCUAUGAACCCCAAUGGAGUAUCAUCAAAUGGGCCUACCAUGCCAUCUGUUGUCAUGCUAUACCCGUAUGAUUCCCCUGUUGAACAGCUUGAGUUUGGCUCUCUUGGACCAGUGGGUUACUCAGGCAUGAAUGAAGUAUCGCAGCCAAGUGAUGGAAGCAGCUCAGGUGGGGUAUUCGAUGAGCAAAGGUUCCAUGGUACUUCUCAACGGUCUUCACAUGACCAACCUCCUUCACCCCACCUGCAAAGAUGAGUGGCCCAUAGAGUUAACAGUCGAAAGAUGAGGAUUCCCCCGACCCCCCUUCCCUUUUGAAGGAAGAAACGACGGUGGGAGAAUCUUAUAACGCUAAAAGCCUCCCUUUACCUGGCGGUUUUUUUGGUUCUCAUCUCAUAAAAGCAAGAAGUGCAUUUUCUGAUUUGGUUUUUUCUUGCAAGACGGUCGGUCACGCAUGCUUCUUGGCUUGUGCUUUGUAUGUACACUAACAAAUGAUGGAAAUCAUUUUCGGAGGUGCUCUGUUUUUGAAGAUGCGACAGGGUAUUGGUGGAAACUGAAAAAGAAUGCAGGACUCGGAAGGUAAAAAAGAAGAGAGAAAAAGAGUUAAAAUUUAGGGUUCUACACGAUGUAACUGAAAUAGGAGCUCCUUAGGAUUACAACUGAGUUUUAUAUCAUUUUAUAAGAAAAUCUUAAAUAGGGUUUUUCAUUUUUGAUCCUUAUAAUAUUAGCUCUCUUUUUGUUAACUUCCAAAUGUUGAAAGUUACCAGUGUAUUGAUAACAUUUUCCAUCGUUAAAAGAAGAUUAGAAAUUACAAAUUUUCAAAAA